AUGGUCCCAAAUGAAACCCCUCAGUAUAGGGGGAUAACCCAGUUGCUUCUCCAUUUUGGAUGGACCUGGGUUGGACUCUUUUCUGCAGAUGAUGACAGUGGAGAACGUUUCCUGCAGGCCCUGGAGCCAUUGUUUUUCCACAACAGAAUUUGUCUGGACUUCAUAGAAAAAAUCCCCACCCAGUCCAGGUGGGAUACUUUAAGUGAUGUGAAUGACUUAAUCUCAAAGGUAUAUCGACCUUUGACACAGAGCAAAGCCAAUACUUUUAUCAUCAAUGGAGGAUGUAUGGUCAUCAUAUCAUUGAAUAAUUUGAUACUUUUAGGAGAUUUUGGAUAUGAAGAAAAUCCAUUAUAUAGAAAGGUAUGGAUAAUGACUGCCCAAGCUGAUUUCGUACAAUCCAACAUUCUAAAAAGCUUGACUUUCUAUCUGUUCCAAGGUGCUAUUUCAUUUUCAGUUUGCACUAAUGAACUUCUGGGGUUCAAGAAGUUUCUUCAGAACAUAAACCCUUCUUGGAUGCAAGGAAAUGGUUUUCUCAAGAUCUUCUGGGAGCAAACAUUUGGUUGUACUCUUCCAGAUUCCCAGGAACCAACAUAUAUCAAUGAAACAUGUACUGGGGAGGAAAGACUGGAGAAUCUCCCUGGGCAUUUAUUUGAAAUGCGCAUGUCUGGCCACAGUUACAGCAUCUAUAAUGCUGUGUAUGUUGUGGCACAUGCUUUGCAUGCAUUGUACUCACCUACAUCCAGCCACCGAUCAAAAGUGGGUGGAAAAAGAUAUCUAGACCUCCAGCCUUGGGAGCUCCACUCACUUCUUCAAGGCAUCUCUUUUAACAAUGCAGCUGGAGAAACCUUGCAUUUUAAUAAGAACAAGGAAAUGGGAGCUGGAUUUGACAUCAUGAACAUGGUUAUGUUUCCAAACAAGUCCUUCGUAAGAGUGAAAGUUGGAAGGGUGGAUGCAGAACCUCUCGAAGGAGAAGGAUUCAUCAUUCACGAGGAUAUGAUUGUAUGGCACAGGCAUUUUAACCAGGUGCGGCCCAUUUCUGUAUGCAACGAUUACUGCUACCCUGGUUAUCAGAAGAAAAAAAAGGAAGGCGAACAAUUUUGCUGCUACGAUUGUGCUCCUUGCCCAGAAGGGAAAUUUUCAAGCCACAAAGAUAUGGAUGACUGUUUCACCUGUCUGGAAGAUCAAUAUCCAAACAAGGACCGGGAUGGAUGUGUCCAUAAAAUGAUAAACUUCUUGUCUUUUGAAGAACCUCUAGGAAUUUGUCUGGUUUCUCUUGCUCUAUCUUUGACUCUGACCACAGUUUUAGUCCUGGGAGCUUUUAUUAAACACAGAGACACCCCGAUUGUCAGAGCCAACAACAGGGAUAUCACCUACACUCUUCUAAUAUCUCUCAUGUUCUGCUUCCUCUGCUCGUUGCUGUUCCUUCGACACCCUGGGAAGUUCACCUGCUUCUUUAGACAAGCUGCUUUUGGGAUCAUCUUCACAGUGGCCGUUUCUUGUGUUUUGGCCAAAACCAUCACUGUGGUUGUAGCUUUCAUGGCCACCAAACCGGGAUCCAGGAUGAGCAAAUGGGUGGGGAAAAAACUGGCCAGCUCCACUGCCAUCGCUUCCUGCCUCGUUCAAGUAGGCACCUGUACAGUCUGGCUUGGAACCUUUCCCCCUUUCCCAGCUUUUGACACUCAGUCCCUGACUGAAGAGAUAGUAGCAGAAUGUAAUGAAGGGUCUGUCCUUAUGUUUUCCAUUGUCCUGGGCUACUUGGGGCUUCUGUCCCUCAUCAGCUUGCUUGUGGCAUUCCUAGCCAGGAAAUUGCCAGAUAGUUUUAAUGAAGCCAAAUCUAUCACCUUCAGCAUGCUGAUCUUUUGCAGUGUUUGGAUAUCUUUUGUCCCAAGCUACCUGAGCACUAAAGGGAAAUACAUGGUGGCUGUGGAGAUCUUCUCUAUCUUGGCCUCUGGUGCGGGAUUACUGGCUUGCAUCUUUUCCCCCAAGUGCUACAUUAUUCUGCUGAGGCCUGAACUCAACAGGAAGGAUCUCCUAAUAAGAAGAACAUAA